AUGAAAUGUCGAAUCGUCCGGUUGAAGUUUUCCAAAGUGAAGGGUUCCAAAGUGUACGCAAGGGACAAAGUAUUAAGCGGGAUCGGAGAGAAUGAUCAGAAACGAGAGACUGACUUUGGAUACCUUUGUAAAAUUAGUAAACAUUUAUCAUCUGAAAUACUGCCAACAUUCCAAUUUAAUUGUCACAAUCAUGUUUUUUCAAUUGGAUAGAACAAAUAGUAGGUGCAUUUGAGAUUCGCACUGAGAGCCGCAGGUUCGAUUCCUGCCAUGGACAUAGUGUUGCAUUUUUCUGAACCGCUGCUAGUUAUACAGGUCUUAAUAUAUAUGCUCACUUUUCCACCAAACCCAGCAUUCUAGUUUAAACAUGUGAAGUGUAAAGCACAUCUUUCGAAUAUUUAUCAGAUUACCGCCUUGAACACUUCAUGUUUUCCGAGAAGGAUGUUGCCAGUGAAAUGGAAUGUGCUCAUUUGUGUGUUGGUAGAAGCGACCAAUGUCGAUCAGUUAACGUUGGAAAGAAAAGAAGCCAUAGAAAAUUGACAUGCCAGAUGAACAACGAAACAAAAGAAAAAAAUUUGAAGAAUUUUGUUUCACAUCCAUCUUACAGCUACCAUGAACCAAAAUAUGUAAGUACAUAUUUCAAUUUCCUUAUCCGAACAGAAAGGUCAAAUACUCAAUCACCCACAAACAAAAUGAACUGAAUCAAAUUGCAGUAACCGAGCAUUUAAUUUGUUAAUAAUUAAUCUAUAAUGUGCACAACUUAUUCAAUUUUCAAUCUCUAAUUACAGCUUCAAGCUGGUGUGUUUAUUCCAUUUUAUCUCUCACCAACAGGUAAUAUAAUAAUAUUUCUUAUCCCCGAGCCGACAGCGCGAAGCGCCGUGCGAGGGUACUAAUUCCCCUCGGCUAUUUACACCCGGGGAAGGGAAGCAUUACAGCGAAGUCUAAAGUUCAUCAAUGAUCGCAGGCGUAGGUCACCAACCGUGGGUGGGAAUCCUCGCUGAUCUAAAAAAUAUGGCUGUUUGCCAGGAGUGGGUUAAACAAGAUUUCAAUUUUCAAAGGCAUAUAUUUGGAAAAUCACAUUUCACACAAUGAGCAUUGAAGCAAUUCCUGUUUGAAGAAAUGAGAAGAAUUGAUUUACUGUGGAAAAUCGUGAAAUAUAGGGCAAGUUUGCUUUGAAUGUUUAAUGUUCAUGAAUUGUGUUGCUUUAAGUUAUUGCGUAAAACAUGCUUUCCUUUUCAAUGGAGCUGAAUUAAAGUUUGCUAAAUUACCCUGUUUAAUUUAAGAAUAAAAGGUAAAAUGUGAAGGAGAGCAAAUUCAUUUGAAUACAGGACAGAGAUUACUCAAGAAUUUGAACUUAUUUUUUUUAUAAACUAAAAACCCGUACAGUUUUACAUCGGAAAAAGCAGUUUAUAGUUUAAUAUUAAAAUGAACAUUUCAAAACAUUUUACGAAGCGAUUCACGUUAAAUUUUACAUUAAAUCAAAGCUCACAACUGAUGCAGAACAACAUACCUACAGUACAUAUUUCUGAAAUUCAUUGUUAUAUACUAGUUAAAAGCAAUAAUCUUUCAACUAUUUUUGGCGUGUUGUACAAAAAAUAUAAUAAAAAUUAAAUUUAUCGUGCUGCCAUGGCAACACUGACGUAAACGCGAGCCUGCGUUCAGUGUCGAUCAAUUAUUAGUACUUCAUGUUAAAUCAAUGUUUGGAAAAUACAUGCGAGGGGUUGCUGCAUGCAUGUAUUUCUGGUUUAUGGUUAACAUAUAUAAAACAUUUUUGGUGUUGAUAUACAGUUUUAAUGCACAUUUUCAUUGUUUUGAACAGGUUAUUAUUUUCAAGAAUCGACAUGCGCAAGUUAAUGCAACGUCAUUAUUUAAUGUCAGGAGGUUAUUAUUUUUAAUAAUGACCUCCAAUAUUUAAAAUAAUGACCCCGAUUUUUCGCUUGAAUAAAAAAUAAACCAUUGUGCGUUACAACUUUGCUUUAAAGCAAAUUUUAAUUACACUACAAAAAUUUCCAUUCCAUUCGCCCUUUUAACUCUAGGUAUUUUUGCAAACUACUGAUUAUUUCAUACAGUGUUUUUCCAGGAUACCUUUCUCCACCGUCUUUUCUUACUUCUGCGAUGAACUGAUGUAAUACUUCUUUGAGGUCAACUUCUGGCAUCAUAUGUAUUUCUGACUUGUAAACCAAGAGAAUUUUAUCAACCAAACACAUUUCCCUUCCAUCUUGAGAGAUCUCCUGGCGCCAUUGUGACCAAGCAUCGAACAUUCUGUAUGCCCACAUCGCUUUCCUCUUAGUAUUUUCUGGGAUGCUUCGCGAAGCCAACUCUAUCAUACUUUUACUGCUGCAAAUCUCAAACCGGUCAGACGUAUUCUGUUGCUCUAUUGCAAAAUAUAAAAAAUAUUAAUCGCUAUGAUUAAUGCUUGUUACUAACUUUUAAACAAAACUUAGCUAAGACAAUUUUCACCUUUUCUAUCCAACGUGCUUUUCCCAGGUGCAUUACAUCGCCGCUCACUGACACUGCAUCUAUCUGAUUUGGCCUUUCCAGUGAAAUUCUCCGCUCUGCAAACAAAUCCAAUGACUGGGAAAGUAUUCCAUCCAGCCCAUCGUCUUCCAAAUCUAGACAGUCGCAAUCCCAAUCAUUGGUCUUUUCAACUUCAAAUUCAUCGUCAUAUCCUUCUCCAAACAAACUAAAAUCUCGCUUUCUCGAACCAGACAUCCUCACUCCACAAAUAUCAAUCAAGUAAUAAAAAGGUAGCUGUUGAAAAAACACAGCCCAGGAAUGCGCAUACAAAACACAAAUAUGGUGUAAAAAAUAAUAGUACCACAACAAUGAACUUGUAACUAUCUUAAUAGUUUUCUUUGUUCAUAAACACCAUAAUGUGCAUUAAGUCGGGUAAUGCCCUCGCUCUCGGUAUUAUUAAAAAUAGUGACCUCGCGCUACGCGCUCGGUCAUUAUUUUUAAUAAUACCUCGAGCUUGGGCAUUAUCCUAUACAUAUCAACACGAGUGGAAUUGGAAAAACGAGAAAUUGUAUGGAAACACGUGCACGACGCCCGAAGGGCGUAGUGUUUUCAUACAAUUUCGAGUUUUCCCGACUUCCACGAGUACGGAAAAAUGUUUUAUAUUUUUUAUAAUAUAGCAAUGUCAAAAGCCCGAAGGAUAAGAAAAAUUUCUGUGUUUACAAGCGGCGGAAAAUUUCCCGUGUUGACAUUGAGUUAUAUCAACACGGCUCUUAGCCAAUCAGCGUUCAGAAUUUACAAAUUCUCUAUUAUAAAUAACAAUUGUCUGCGGCGCUAACAACAAGGUGAUUGUUGCGAAUAUGUAAUUAGUUUAUUCUAAAACCCGCGAAAAUUAUACUGACAAUAACAACACCAAAUUAUCGCGACAAAAAUAUUGCUUACGUUACACUCCCGGGGGUUGAUCUCCGUCAGGUGAUCAAAAGCCCAACAAAAUUUGAAUGUAAUUAUGUUAAAAUUAAAGAGUCCUUGCUCAUGUUGCUUAUAACUGUUCGUACGAAUAUUAAUACUCGUACGGAUAUUAAAUAUCUUAAUGUUCUAACUUCUAAUGUUCAACUUGUAUUACAUAGGUCUCUGUAAUACAGUAGUUUUUCCAUGUCCUAGCGCAGUAAGAACGGUAAGCCUUGCUGUUCGAACUCCUCCAUCUUUGCCUUCGAGUAACUCGGUAAUUCUAGCUAAUUUCCAAUAACAUCGAGCCGAAGAAUCGUUUUUUAGAAUCACUACUUCGCCGACUGAUAUAUCACUUGAAUUUCGUCCAACACUUGACUUCUUUCUUGCACUUUCGCGUAAUCCCAAAAGGUACUCUCUACGCCAUUGUCGGAUAAAGUUUUGAAGCAAUCUGUAAUGGUACUUUAUUCUCCGCGUCAAGGUUUGGUAUGUACUGGACACAUUUGAAUACCGUUGAUUUGGUGUCGUUGCUAUAUGCAGUCCGUACACCAGGUCCGCUGGCAUAAGAGGAUAAGAUAGACUUUCGUCAUCUGCGUACACAUAGGUCAUAUGGGCUGUUAAAUAAGAUGCACUCGAAUUCAACCAUUAACGUGCGUAAUUCCUCAAAGUUCAACGAAGAUCGCCCUACAGACUUGACACUUCACACUAAACGCUCCCAAUAUCCACCUCACCAUGGGGCUUUCUCAGCGAUAAACUCCCCGACUACUUGCUUGUUUGCCAGAUCAGUUUUGACUUCGGCCGCUUGCAUAAUCUUCCUGAUACUUACCGACGAUGCUUUAAAGGUUUUUGCAUUGUCUGAUUGUAGUUUCGCUGUAGUUCACGACGGGCUGUGAACCACCUAAACGCCUGUAGAAAUGAUAAUGCACUCAAGUCUCUAGUAAGUUCUAGGUGGAUAAUACGCGGUGAUGAACAAGUAAACAAGCAACAAUAACAUUUGACAUUUGUUUUCGAAUCACAAGUAACGUAGAGUGGACCAGCGAAGUCCUCUCCCGUGUUUGUAAACGGUGGACUCUCAUCAACACGAUUGUUAGGAAGAUCGGGCAUUGGCUGCGUGGAAAACGACUUCCCCUCGUGUUUUUUAUAUACAACACAUCUUCUAGUAACUCGUUUUACGACCUCUCUGCCUUUCAAUAUCCAGUAUUGUUGUCGAAUGGAGUUCAAUGUAUCACGAAUGCCUUGAUGAUGGAUAUCUUCAUGCCGUUCACGAAUUAAAAGUUCGGUAAUUCUAUACCGUGACGGCAGUAUAAUAGGGUUCUUGCUAGGUUCUGCAACUUCGGCGUUAUGCAGCCGUCCUUUGCAACAAAUUAAUCCAUUGGUGUCAAGCUGUAGUUCAAACUGCAUGGUGUAAGCAAGCAGUACCGCCUUUCAUUAAUGCAUUUUGUUCGGUUUUGAAAGAGAUUUAAUCCAAUCGAUUUCUGCAGACCGCAAUUUGUCCCCGGUUAAAUGCUUUGUAGGAACAUUCGCCUUUCGUUUCAGUAGUUUCACGAAUCUCAUGACAAUUGCAGUCACUCGGAGUAACUUAAUCUAAGUACCGUAUCUUUCGAUGUCGAUGAUAUUUUCUAAGUUGGAUACAUUCUUCGAAACACAAGAAAGUGAGCUAGUAACAACAGGUGGAUGUUUUAGCAACUCCUUGUCCGCCAGCUCGUUGGCAUUUGUCGUUGCUGACUUUGGCCACGAUUCAGGAUUCUCCUUCAAAAAUUGAGGUUCGUUCCACCAUGAUUUUUUCUUCACUAGUUCCUUUACGGCACACCCUCGCAUUGGAAUGUCAGUCGGGUUCAACUCUCCUGGACAAAAUCUCCACUUCUCCUUCGCCGAUAAUCGUCUGAUCUCGUUGACCAGAUGUUAUGCAUGCUGACGCCACGGUUUGUUGUUCUUAAUCCAGCACAGAGGAGUAAAUGAAUCCACCCAAUAAUACACAUCGAAUUUCAAUGCACGAGACUCUAGAACAGAACGAAUAGAGAAAACCAACUCUGCCAGCAGGCAAGCUCCCAAAAGUUACAAUCUAGGAAUAGAUUGUUUUUUCAGUGGUGUCGAUCGUUUCAGAGGCGAUAAGACGCACACGCAUUGUUCCGUUUGUAUACUUGGACAGCAAGUAAACCACCGCUGCUACUGCUUUCUCUGAUGCAUCACUAAAUCCAUGGAUAUCAUAACUGAGAAGUUCCCCUGUACCUUCUGAAUUGUAUGGAAAUAACAUCGCGGAAUACUCAGAGAGUACACUAACUUCGCCCACCAGGGAAGUCCACCUUUUCAACCAUUUUUUCUCUAUAGGGCCUCGUCCCAAUCAAUCUUGGUGGAACACAGCUCCUGGAACCACAUCUUUAGAUUCACCGUUAUUGGGCUGAUUAAUCCGAUAGGAUCAAAUAUUUUCGCGGACGCAUGCAAUAUUGAUCUUUUUGUAGGUGGUAAUGACUUCAGAUAUUCUAUAAGUUAUACAACAUCAAAACUUAAUCAGUCCUUUUCCGUAUUCCAGUUAAGACCAAUAAUUUUCACUUCUGAUGAUUUCUCUUGCAAUUUCUCAGCUGUUCUAAGUUCAGGCGAUAUAUCUGCUAAUUGCGAUUGACCUUCGAUAAUUCACCUUCCGAUGAUUUGUGUUCUGACGUUACUUGAUUAACAUUCUGUUGAUUCGUGGCAACCUUGUUCUCAAACUUAUCAAUUCGUUCCGUGAUGAGGCAAGAAGUGAACAUUUUCAUUAUUCUCUUCGUCAAAUAACAGACCUUCCUUACUUAAACGGGAGUUCAGAUGAUACAAUCGAGAUACACAUAGCCCAAACUUAGAAUUUUUCAAAUAUUGUUCCUCCUUGCAAGGAAGAUUAACUUGAUAUUUUCCUUCGGUCCUGUCAAAUGCAAUGUCCUUCAAGAAUUCUUUUCUUUGGUGGUCAGAUUGAGUGUAAUCAACUAUGCCAAAAAUGGACUCACUGUCCCAAAAACGUGCCAAACGUUCAGUCAAAUUGGAUGGUUGCUCAUCAUUUAAUAUGGAAUAGUUUGGAUGUGACAUGGUUAUCCCCAUUCUUGGUAUUUUAUACUGGACCAGAAACCAAACAACCAAACUUGCAGCUGACUGCUGCCAGUCCAUUACUCUCUCGAAUGAAAUUCCCGGUUAUAACAUCCCAAUAGUAGUCCGAUCCUAUUAAAACAUGAAUGUCAUCAUGACUAUUGGUAGCUGUGUUACAGUCGGCAAGAUCCAACUUUAUAAACGAAGAAUAGCUUUCUAGGUUUAUUGUACUAGGUAGUGGCGAACAUAUAUUACCAAAACUCAGAGCUGCGAUCUUUAUAUCUUGGCCAUUUCUUCCUUGCGGCGUUAAUUGGACCAAAUCAUACUCUUCCUUCGAGACACAGGCAUCACCAAAGGUAUUGAGGUUUAAUGAUUCUUUCUUGAUGGUGUUUCACACUAAGCUUCUGUGGUAGACCAGUUAAGACAUAGGAUCUUUGACUUCCACUAUCAAUGAGCACUCUGACUUUUGAACCUUCAUUGGAAACUUUUAUUUAAAUAGAGUAAUCCAAUCAGCUACGAUGUUAACUGUUAUCAUUAGGAGCCCUACUAACCUUGCUGUCUGUAUCAAUACUCUCGUUUGACUUCUUGUUACAGAUGUAGUGGCUGUACCAUUAGACUAUUCACUGACAACAGUUCCAGUCGUGGAAUCUCCCACAGGUUUGUUCUCUGGUGGUCGACUCGUUAGGUCCCGUGGUGGUUGACUCGAAUUAAAUUCACAGAUUGACUGAUGAUGCUUACCUGGGCAUUUCCGGUAUCGUCUAUUGGAGGUGCACUGGUUUAUUCGAUGACCCUUUAUAAAAUAUAAAAAGCAACGUUCUUGUCUCUUCAAAAUAUUUUUUCGAACUUGUGGAUCUUUAACCUUCUCACACGAGACGGGAAAGUGUUCUGCAUCACAAAACACACAACGUAUAUUGCCCCCAUUUUGAUCUCCUGCGAAAAAUGCGCCCGUUGUGUACAUUCUAUCUUUGUUGAGUAUCUGGAUCUCUUAACUUCAGAUUACUACUCAUCUCUCCUGCUUGCACUUCACUCUUCAAUACAUUCAAUACUCAUUCUUCGAUUUGCCAUCAUUUACAUCUUUCGUUGUAACUCGAGCGAUCUGAAGAUGAAAAUCUGGUGGUAAUUUAGACAUAAUGAUGGGUAUGAGAAAGCUCCCGUAUUGAUCAGAUGUCAUUCCCAAAGACUCCAGACCACGAACGUGUUAAGUUGUGUAAUUGUACCCUCCGUAAUAUGUUAAGAUUAAAAUGUUCUAGAGUGUGUAUUAUAUAAUUUCCAUACCCAGCGCAAGAAGAAAGAUGUUGCCUACCGCGUCUGGGUCUCGAACCCGCGACCUUCAAAUCACUAGAUCGACGCUCUACCAACUGAGCUACACGGUCAGACGGAUUUAAGACUGGAAAUUAUGAAAUAUAUACUGAAUGUCAUAAACAUACUCGUUUAUAUUAAUUCAGCAUAUAUAUUUCAUAAUUUAUAUAUAAUUGCGCUGUGUAUGGAAAUUAUAUAAUACACAGUUUAGAACAUUUUCAUCUUAAUAUAUAUAUAUAUAUAUAUAUAUAUAUAUAUAUAUAUAUAUAUAUAUAUAUAUAUAUAUAUAUAUAUAUAUAUAUAUAUAUAUAUAUACUCCGCUUUCUUUCACUGACAGUAAAUAAAAACUGUGCAGACUUGUACAAAAACGGAGCAAGAAAAGACGGCAUUUACUCAGUCAAUCCUGACAACCAAAGAAGUAUUCAAGUAAGAUGUGACAUGACCACAGCCGGUGGUGGUUGGACAAUAUUUCAAAGACGCUUAGAUGGCAGUGUUGAUUUCUACAGAGGAUGGAACGACUACAAACAUGGUUUUGGACAAAUGGAUGGUGAAUACUGGCUCGGAUUAGAUAAGAUUCAUCGAUUAAGUAAUAUUGGUCACAAUGUUCUCAGGAUAGACUUGGCUGAUUUUGAAGGACAAUAUCGAUAUGCCCAAUAUGAUAUUUUUGAAGUUGGUUCAGAAGAUGGAAACUACAAGUUACGUGUUGGAUAUUAUUCUGCAG